AUGGAUCGUCAGAGCCAUGGUACGAAGCAGCCAUCGCCCAUGGACUCGGCGUCAGCGCAGCACGCAGCCGCUUCUGGUUCCUCACAAGCCCCUGCUUCCGUCCCGCUUCAAACGUCGACGCCAAGUGCAGCCAUGAUGGCAGCCAUGCAGGCGCAGGCAACCAACCCCGCGCAGGCCUUCAUCACGCCUCCGUACCCUUACUUUCAGCAGCAACAGCAGCAGCAGCAACAACCACACAUGGUGCAACACCAGCCUCCACAGCAACAGCACAACAUGGUCUACCACCCUCGACCUCACCUGCCCACCUCCCAGGGGCAACAAGCACCCACAGCGACCAUGCCCCCAAGCUUUUCCCCCGCUCUCCAACUCCAAAGCAGGAUGUUUCCACAACACAUGAUGGCUGGUCCACAACAACAACAGCAGCAGCAGCAGCAGCAGGCGAUGGGAGCCGCGCUUGCGUUUGCUCAGCAGCAGCCCCAACAACAACAAGCGCAACAACAACCACAGCAGCAACAACCACAACAGCAACAACCACAACAGCAACAACCACAACAGCAGCAGCCAUCUGGUGCGUUUGCGCAGCCACCAAUGGGAGCACCCUUUGCGGGUAUGCCACCAACGCUUGCCGGCCAGCAGCCGCAACUGGCGAGCGCGACAGGAGGGCAGCAGGCACAACAGGCACUCGCACCCUCCUACAUGCCCUUUCCUGCAUUACAGCAGCUGCAAGCACAACAACAACAGCCACAACAGCAGCAGCAACAACCACAGAUGCAGCAAGGCCCACCCAGACCCAUCGCACAUCAGGAGCACGCCAUGGCGCUUCAACCGGCUUCAUAUCCAAUGAUGCAAAUGGCAUCCUUCGCCCCGGCUUCAUUUGGACAUCUGCAAAUGCCACCGCAGCUCAUGUUCCCCAUGCAAGCUGGUGCUCCACUGCACUCCCCACGCAAUGUCAGCUGCACAGCAACCUUCAUGGUCAAUGGCACUUCCAGGGACGAUGACUACCAUGGCUCUAACAUCUGGUCCUCACGCAGCCUCCCCAAUGACUCUGGCAACAGUGGCCACUCCAGGAACAGCGGUGCCUUCGAGCGAGGCAGCACCACUGGCAGCCAUUCGUUCCAGUUCCUUUUCGGCCAAGCAGACGGGAAAACACCAGUGCAAGCUGUGCGGCAAGUGCUUUGCCAGCAGCAGCAACUUGAGUCGCCACCGCCGCAUUCAUACCGGUACUGCGAUUACGCCUUCAACAACAGCAGCAACCGCCGCAAACAUGAGCGUGCUUACUGCCGCAAGCGCCCGGAGAUUGUUGGCUUCACGACGCCGGAGGAGCAAGCAGCAUGGGCGGCCAUGGGCUUCAUGUCCCCCGGCAUGAGCCUGUCGUUCCCCACCAGCUACGCCCAGCAAGGCCAGCAAGGCCAGCAACUGCAGCAGAUGCAGCAGAUGCAGCAGCACUUGCAAUCCCAGCUGCAACAGCAGCCACAGCAGGUGCAGCAAGGGCAGGCUGCCACGGCGUCCCAGGACGGCGGCCAGCAGGCCAGCGCCACAGUGAACGGCACCGCGAACGGUGCAAAGGAUACCGCCACCACUGCUGCCUCGACACGUGCGGACAUGGACGGCCACACCGAAACCCAAGGCGCAGAACCCAAGAGCGAGGCUGUCUCAGGUGCUUCGAUGACAAAGCUCAACAACCACGACCAAGGCCAACCGACUGGACUGGCAGCACAGGCCCGCUCGACGUCAGACGGUGCCAGCGCCUCUGUCAAGGAUGCCCGGAAAAGCAACACGACCGCGGGACGUCGCUCGCACCCUGACGGAAGUGACGACAGCAGCAGCGGCAGCAGUAGCAGUGGCAGUAGUAGCGACAGUGGUGGCGAUGGUGAUGCGGGCAGCGGCAGCAGUAGCAGUGGUAGCAGUAGUGACAGUAGCGGCAGCAGCGACGGGAGUGGCGAGCAUGGACCUGAUACGAGGGCAUAA